CCACGCUGCUGCAGAGCCGUCACCAGGCCCAGUGCCUGCAUCUCUGGUCUAGGCCCAGGAGGCCUGCAGAGAUUUAUGGCUGCCUGGCCUGGGUGAGGACUCCACGGCCAGGCCAGUCGAAGGCCGGGUUUUAAAACAAGCCACACACCCAUAAUGACUUCCGCAACACUCUGAAACAGCUCUGAUUCUUGUCCGCUUGUGCAAGGGAGAAGCCUCUCCGGAGCUGCCGUGCACGGGAGCCCGGGAGCUGCGCGCUGCCGCCGGAUUCUUUCUAAAGUUUUUCCUCAAGUGCAAUCAGAACUGUUUGAAGAAUGCAGGCAACCCUCGGGACAUGCGGAGAUUCCAGGUUGUCGUGUCCACAACGGUCAACGUGGACGGCCACGUGCUGGCCGUGUCCGACAACAUGUUUGUACACAACAACUCCAAACACGGGCGGCGGGCCCGCCGCCUGGACCCGUCAGAAGGUACGGCCCCUUCUUAUCUGGAAAAUGCUACUCCGUGCAUCAAGGCCAUCAGUCCCAGUGAAGGCUGGACCACGGGGGGAGCGACCGUGAUCAUAAUCGGAGACAACUUCUUUGACGGUCUACAAGUUGUGUUCGGGACUAUGUUGGUGUGGAGCGAGCUGAUCACUCCCCACGCCAUCCGCGUCCAGACCCCACCGAGGCACAUUCCUGGAGUCGUUGAAGUCACCCUGUCCUACAAGUCCAAGCAGUUCUGUAAAGGUGCUCCGGGGCGGUUCGUCUACACUGCCCUUAAUGAACCAACCAUAGAUUACGGCUUUCAGAGGUUGCAGAAGGUGAUCCCACGACAUCCGGGUGAUCCCGAAAGGUUACCCAAGGAAGUGUUACUUAAGAGGGCGGCGGACCUCGUGGAAGCCUUAUACGGGAUGCCCCACAACAACCAGGAGAUCAUCCUGAAGCGAGCAGCUGACAUCGCCGAGGCGUUGUACAGCGUCCCGCGCAACCACAACCAGAUCCCCACCCUGGGCAACACCCCCGCGCACACCGGCAUGAUGGGUGUGAACUCCUUCAGCAGCCAGCUCGCCGUCAACGUUUCCGAGACGUCACAAGCCAAUGACCAAGUCGGCUACAGUCGCAAUACCAGCAGCGUGUCCCCGCGAGGCUACGCCCCCAGCAGUACUCCCCAGCAGUCCAAUUACAACACAGUGAGCACUAGCAUGAAUGGAUAUGGAAGUGGCGCCAUGGCCAAUCUAGGGGUCCCUGGCUCGCCUGGAUUUCUUAAUGGCUCCUCCGCUAACUCUCCCUACGGCAUAGUGCCGUCCAGCCCCACCAUGGCAGCCUCUUCGGUCACCCUCCCUUCAAACUGUAGCAGUACACACGGCAUUUUCUCAUUCUCACCUGCCAAUGUCAUCUCUGCAGUGAAACAAAAGAGCGCCUUCGCGCCCGUGGUCCGGCCCCAAGCUUCCCCUCCUCCUUCCUGCACCAGCGCCAACGGGAAUGGACUGCAAGGCUCUCUGCUGGGUGCUGAGGACGUUACCGUGGAGAAGACAAACUGGCCCUUUUGUGAAGUCGGUGGCAUAUUUCACUUUGAUGAACUAAUGCUCAAAAAAGGAACUGGAAAGCUAUGUCUGGGCUGGUAGUCCCGCCAAUGUGAGGGGCUCCUGUCACCUCCGGCCGUGCCCAGCAUCCAAGGACGGACUUCAGGGGACACAUUAGUACGUAAGACGUGCUGAUGGAGACGUAACCUUCAGUCCAUCAGCAGCGGUUGAAAUGCUACAAAAGACUUUGUUUAAAGAUUUUAUUUAAACUAUUAAGAAGCAACAUGCAAACAGCCUACUUCUUCACGAACAAUUCCAUUUUAUUGACUGAACUUUUCUCAUAUUUUCACAUUUCUCAGUCCUGAAGAAUAAGGGAAAACAAAGCAACGCCUAUUUUGUAUAAAGUUUCUGACUCCGUCUUGGCCAUGUCUAGUACUUGCUCUGUGUUGGGAGAAACUUUGUGAAUGCACCGUUUUGAUGAUCAUGAAACACUGAUGAAAAAUGCCUCCAAACAUUUUUCUGUGCUCAUACUUAGAUUCACAAGGGUUGUGUGUCUCUAUAAUGUGAAAUAUUUUUUUGUGGUGACAAAAGGGGGCCAAGGAGGUCUGAGCCAUCGAACUGGAAGAAAGGAAGACUAUAUGGUUAGGAGACUCGGGGUGGCAGGGAGGGAGGGAGGGUUUAUCAUUGCUUAACUUCAUCUUAAUGAAAUGAAACUUUGUAACUUAUUGUAGUUAGAAAUUGUAACUUUGAUAUUGAAUUCUCUUGCCUUCAACAAGCACACUGACAGAGAAAAAAAAUGCUACUGUCUGUUGGUUCAAAUAUCCCCCACUGCUAGAGCUUCCUGUUAAUAAGCAAGCGUGACCUGCGGCAUUUUUUUCAACCUUUGCUAGCUCUGUAUACUAUUGCAUUCUUAGGCUACUGUGAGGUCCAUGUUUCUUGUACCAGAAAUUGUCCUUUUGACUUCUAGACCCUUCUUCCCUGAUGUGUUUUGUAUGUGGUUAUAAAAUUGUAGACUUUUGUGAUUUUGCCAAAGUUGUAGCUAAAUAUUUAUACACUUGUCUUGAAUUUUUUUCAGAUCCACUUAAAUAUUUAGAAAAAAAGAACAAGUUUUAUUCCUUAUGUGUCUUAUAAGGAAUAAAAUGGUCUCCAUUCAACACUUACUUUUCCAUGAACACUUGCUGUUGCUAAGGGACUUUAUUUUGUAACAUAUCAAGUAUAAAUAUUGUAUUUAUCUUUGAAAUUUUGUACAUUGCUUUUCCCACCAUUUUCUUUUCCUUUCUCUGGUCUGUAUUGGUUUUUGAUCAUGGCCUGGUGGUGUGAUGCUGAGAAGAGCAUUAAGCCAAGGACUGUCUGUUUGAUCUGUUUCGUUCACUGAACCAGUGUCCUUGUAUUUCAUUCGUACUUCCAAAUUUUGCUAUUGUUUAGACGUUCAGUCUUUUUUUUUUUAUUUUGAAGAAAAGUCAAAUUCAUUGUUUAUUUUUAUAUUAUUUUUAAGUUAUCUGAACAAAUACGUUUGAAGAAAAAAAAGUUCAUUGUAUAGUCAAAGCGAGACGGUGCCACCCGGCUGCGACAAAUCCUAGUAGAUUCCGUGCAUGUGGGACGGCAGAGGCGACACCGUUUGGGGCCGUGUCCUUAUUUUAUUUCAUUUUUUUGGUAGAAUGUAAAAAGUCAUUUUAGCUGCCACCCAUGACUUUGCCACAUUAGCUGAACUGUGUUUACUGGAAAAAUUCAGAGGCCUAAAGUUUAAAAUAAAAUUUACUUCUGACGUUUUAAUUAAAAUGUUUGCCACGUUAACUUCUCUGAUGCCUUAAAAGUGGACUUCUUGAAAGAACCUUUGUGCUCUUUUAUCACUGCUUCCACCGCAAUUGUUAAUCAAUAUUUCGUUUGGAAAUUUAUGGUGUAAAACACACACACGCACACAAACACACACACACACACACACACACACAAAAGCACAAGCUGGGGGUUCCGCAUCUGAGUCUGCUGCCUUCUGCGUCCUCCAAGCCCACCUCAGAUUCAGAGAGGUUUUAGGGGCCCCACAACCACCCCUCGUUUAAAAUUCUUUUUUAACAACCCCCUUUUGUGGUCAUGCCCCCACAGCACUGUACUUUUUAAACUGGAAUGACCUCCUUCAGACACUGUACCUGUUGGUGCCAAACCCGCGGUGAGACCAAGAGGGUCGGUUUUUUUCUUUUUUCUUUUCCCUUUGCAGACACAGCACAGCAAACGUUUGCAAACUGCAGCAGAAAUCAAAUCUAAAACAAAAAGGGAGGGACUUUUUAAAAAAUGUUCUUGACCAAAACCAAAACAAAACAAUGCAGAAUUUAAGAAAGUGUUCAUACGAGGGACUAAAUAAAAAUCAGAAGGUCCCCGUGGGCGGCGGGUUGCACCCUGGCCCUGCGAUGGUUGGCGAGGCUGAGCUACGUGGAUGAGCUUGAGAAGUCACUUUGGAACUAAACUGCCUCCGUUUUCUCCUGUACGAGUAAGGGUUUGACCUAAAAGCGAGCUCACGUGUACAUGUUAAGGACGUUUGCAAGCUUCUCAUCCCCGCACUUGGUUUGUGUUUUAGAUCCAUUAGUCGCCCUCGUGGCUUCACAGCCUCGAAAUCGAGCGCUUCACUAAAUGGUAGACUUUACUGUUAAAGACCCUACGAUAAUAAGAUUGUUUUAUCUGUACAUUUUUUCAGAUAUUUAACUGUAUAAAAAUGUUCAUUUUACACAAUAUUUAAUUAAAGUAUUUCUUGUCUGUGAAUUUCA